ACCUGCCCAGACCUCUUCCUCUGCCUCCUCGCAGUCCUCAUCCCACCCAUCCCAGUCGGUAUCAAAGCUGGGUUCUGUACCGCUGAUCUGUUGAUCAAUAUUUGUUUGUGCGUAUUGGGCGUUAUCCCCGGCUUGGUGCAUGCGUGGUACAUCAUCGGAAAGUAUCCC